AUGAAGGUCGCCUUGCUGCUUUUGCUGCCCCUGGUGGCCUCGGCCUUUCGUCUAAGGGCCAAGGUGAAGAGACAUUCGCUGGAGCCGACUGACUGCAAGAACAAGGGCAAGGCCUGGACGAAGCAAUUCUGCGGCGUGCCGAGCUCGAAUGUGAGCAAGAGCAAGGUGAUUGACUUCAGUCAGGUCCAGGCGUCUCCGAUCUGCAGCCAGCUCAACCAGGACCGCUAUCUCGACGCCAUAUUCAAGGCCAUCGGAACCACGAACACCUACUUCGUGGAGUUCGGGAGCCGCCGGCCUGAAGUCUUAAACUCCGCCCACUUUCGCCUGAACUGCGGCUGGAAGGGCCUGCUCUUGGAUGGUGCCCCUGGGCACUCGCCCAAUGGAGGCUGCCCGUCUUGCGCUGGACAGGACCUGCUCCAGGCAGCCGACGAUGCCCCGGUGCGCCUGCGCCAGGCAUUCAUGACGGCGGAGAACAUCAACGACAAAUUCCAGAUGCAUCAGGUGCCCUGUGCAUUCGAUCUCCUGACGGUUGACGUGGACUGGAAUGACUACUGGCUCGUCAAGGCCUUGGACUUUGGGCGCUUCCAGCCGCGCGUGGUGGCCAUCGAGUUCAGCAGCUACUUCACGGGCUCCGAGAAGCAGGUGCGCUCCUACAAGUCGGAUGGGGUCUGGGGGGGAGAGGUGACCGGUGCCUCCUUGGCCGCAUUGGACGGUCUCAUGAGGGCCAAAGGCUACAAGCUCGUUGCACAGGUCGGUGGCGAGCACGGCAUUUGGGUUUCGGCCAAGGAGAUGAAUCCAGACGACCAUGCAAUGAAGAUUCCCGAGGUUAUCUCCGAAGGAUGGCAGUUUCAAAUGCGAAAAAGUGGUUCUUCUGCAUCAGGCUUCGAGGAGGUUAUGGAUCCCUGUCAUGACUUCGGCUGCCAAGAGAAAGCCAGCUCAUGCGACUAG